UCCAGUUCGCAACAUCUUUUCUAUUUGAUGUUACACUUUUGGACAAUCGAUGUGUAUGCAAUACUGAACUUGUACGAGCGGAUUACAAGAUAAUUGUACUGAUUCCAUAAAAGACUACAAUAAGUACGUGAGUGUGUUUUCAACCAGUCGGAAUUCUAUCCAGGAAAAGGAUACAUAAUCAACAUACUACCUGAUGUACAUUUGUGUGUGAAUCACUUUAAUAAUGGAGAAUAAGAACAAUAAAUGAUAUUUCGAGUUCCUUCACCUGCCACGCGUGAUUGGCGUCUACUGCCCGGUGUUGACAUACGAUAUAUCGUACGCAUGCCAAGAGCCAUCACUGUUAAAAUCACUAUUACAGGCGUGUCUUUUGUAAUCUUGGUUUAUCGAAAGGGUGACGGUGUGCAAGUUACAUAUGGCCUCGUUCUUACAACGCUUGAGAAGACUAUAUUUUGUGGUCUUGAUAAUCGCCAGUGUAUUUGGUGUGUUCAUAAUAAGUAAAAAUGAGGUCAACCAGUACAUACACAAACGCUUAAAGGAAGCAUUUAAAUUAGUGUCGAGGAUCGAAGAGUUGAGAACAGCAACAGCAACGACACAAAGGCCAUUGGAUACAACAUUACUUCCAGUAUGCCCGGACACGCCACCAAAUAUACAUGAACCUGUAAAGCUGAAUCUCACCAUCAUCACCCGAGAUGAGUUGAAGACAAAAUACCCCUCCCAUUCCGGGGACAGAUACAGGCCCGAGAGGUGUCGGUCCAAGCAGAGGCUGGCGGUCAUUAUACCUUACAGAGACCGGGAGCAACAUCUGGUGAUCCUCCUCAACAACCUCAUCCCCUUCCUCAACAAACAACAGGCAGACUUUACAAUAUUCGUUGCAGAACAGGCGCCAGGGGGAACGUUCAACCGAGGUCUAAUGAUCAAUGCGGGAGUGGCGGCCUCGCUGAGGGAGGAUAAUUUCACCUGCUUUGUCAUCCACGAUGUCGACCUCAUCCCAGAGACUAGCGACAACUACUACCGCUGUCGAAAAAACCCUUUCCAUCUAUCAACUGCCAAUGCGAAGUUUAGAUAUAGACUUCCAUAUUCCUGGUAUGUUGGGGGAAUUAUUGCACUAACACCCAGCCUGUACAAGCGGAUAAACGGCUUUUCUAACUGGUUCUUUGGCUGGGGUGGAGAGGAUGACGAUUUUGCAAAAAGAAUGCAAUCAUUUGGUCUGCGAGUCGAACGAAAUUCGAUUAAGACUGGACGGUAUUAUGCACAAUCACAUGGCAAGGAUAAGGGGAAUCCUAUAAACCCUAAAAGAUUCAUUUUGGUCAACAAAGGAGUCGGACGAUUGAAAACAGAUGGACUCUCCUCGACACGGGUCAAUACUACGGUAUCUCACAGAGGCGUUGUCACGUGGCUUACUGUGUCCAUAGAUACGAAAUACUAUGCGAGAACUGUCCAUAGAUGACAUAAUCACUACAUGUAAUUGUAAUCAGUGAACAGGAUUCAGACUUGAUACUGAAUACAUUCGGGGUUUAUACUACAUGUCACAUUACGCUUCGUGGUUUUGGGGUCUACACUCUCACACUACACCAUGUGCCUUUGGAGUCUAUUCGGGAUGUGACAAUAGUCACUACAAUGCAAUCUUGAAUAGUACUAUCAACUACAAAUACUUCGUUAAUAAUUGAAAAUUGUCUGCCAUAAUAGUCUGUCUAAUUUUGGCAUGGCAAGAAAGCAGCAACACUUAAAACGUUUCUAUCAACACUAACCGUGCAGAUGUUAAUUAAUUUCUUACAAUCUUAUAGGACAUAGUGUUAUGAUAGAUUUACUUAGAUAACCUUAAUCAGUUUUACUCAUUUCUCAAUCAUAAACUUUCGGGGACUAUACGGGAUGUCACACUAUACUGUGUACCUUCGGGUCUAAAUGGAACACCACAUUAUACCGUGUACAUUUGGGGUCCAUACAGGAUGUCUCAUUACAAUGUAUGUGCCUUCAGGUGGAAGUUAAUGUAUAUUGUAUAACAAAAUGGAAUUUCUGGCAAGUUAUUUCGUAUUAUCCAGAGUAUAAUGUAAAAUGAUGUUACAUCAAUGGUUAGAUUUGAUUAUGGUAAGAAUUGAUUGAGUAUUUUGAUAGUUCGUGUGGGUUAAGACAGGAUAGUAUUCUUAUUCCUGUACUUUUUUCUUUGUUUAUCAAAGUUAUAUCUUUGGUAAGUUGAUUCCAUGAUGGUGUUUGUAUUACAGAGGAAACGUUAAAUAUAAGUGCCCUAUUGUUUGCCGUCGGGUUGAUACUUGGUGCAGAUAGUGUUGUAUAAUUACAAAAACGCCUUGGUGGAUUAUAUUUAUACUUUUAUAAAUGGGAUAUGGAUAUUAAUUCUGAGACCAGUAACAUUGUUGUUUUUGAAAGGAGAGGCACUUUAUCAAAACAUGAGAAAUAGUUUUAUAAUGGUAAGCGUAUGAAAACUGUUAAUGCCUAUAAAUAUUGGGAACGUCUCGUCAUUCCGAAAUUAAUUUGGCCCAAGGCCUAUAAAACCUUUAUGACAACAAAGCACAAGAAAAUUGUUCCAAUGUUAAUGCAGAUCUGGGGAAACGAAAAUUGUAAAUUUUCUAAUAAAUUGUAUAUUUAUAUACUUAUU